CCUCUGUUUACAAAUGAAUGCCUGAGCAACAUCACGCGUUAGAAUAAUAUUGUCAGAUAAAAACCUAACGCGAUGAUACUAACAGACUAAAAUGUAGCUGGAAAAGUGGAAUGGUGGAUUUUUGUACAAUCUGAUUGAGUUAAUCUUACAGUGCAGUAGCUUGAGAUAGAAAUGGGGUCGUAUGCCAGUCAGUUCCUGACACCUGUUGGGGAAGAGGUGUCUCAACAUACACAUCCUAGCAAGGCAAACUGGAUCACUGUACAUGCCAUCACUGCUGAGUUGAGCAUAGCUGAGACAGAACGUUUGUGGCUGAGGUUUCAGCAACUGGGGUGUAACAAAGAUGGAGUAAUAACAGAAGAAUUAGCAGCCAAAAUGUCAGUUUCAUCUGAUGCAUUUUCAAGGAAUAUAAUGAAGAAAUUUACUCUAAACGAAACUAAGAACAUUACAUUUGAGAAUUUUCUUCGUGGAUUGAAGUGGUGUGAGACAGCCGAGUUGAAUGAAAAACUCAGGGGUAUUUUCAGACUCUUGAAUAAUGGAAACCCUGUCCCAAAGACAACAUUUGUGAAAAUUUUAGAACGUGUCUACACCAAUCCAAGUGAUAAAAAGGAUGUACAGCGAGUAGCAGAUAUUGUGUAUAAACAUAUAGACAAGAAGAACAAAGGUCUGAUGAAUGAAGACCAGUUUGUUACUGGUGUGAGGAGUGUUAUUCCAGAAGAGACACUACAGGAUUUGUUACUGUUUGAGGUCCUACCAGCCUACAUGAAGGAACGACUCCACAGCCAACUUCCAGAAUUUAACAGUGAGGGACCCACACCAUCCCCAAGUAACAGGCAAAUCCCUUCGGAUGGAACCCUGCGGCAGGUGGCAGAUAAAAUCUACAGACGUGAUUGGUUGAGGACGGCCAAUAAGCUGGGAUUAACCAAUGAGGAUGUGAGCGAUAUCAAAACAAAUAUAUCUGACUCCAAACAACAGGCAUAUACCAUGCUGAAGACCUGGAAAGAACGAGAAGCGGCACAAGCUUAUAUAAGUGUACUGGAGAGUGCUCUAAAGGAGUCCGGCAUGACAGAGGCAGCGUACGCCUUAAUGCUGUAAUUCAGCAUCUCGUAUCAAUAUCAGGAUGUUCUGAAGGAUUCAGCAGUGAUGGAGACUGUUUUUGCUGUGAUGCUAUGUCCCCCUUCUAUAUCCACCAGUAUUUUGACAUGGCUACUUCAGUGUAUUCGGACAAACUAAGAGGCUACAUGCAUCCUAAUGAUGUAACUCCACAUUCUACUAUCAGACUGUGAUAUAAGCUAUUUAUUUCUACCUAAUAGUGUCAGAAACUGUAUAUACAUGUAUAUAUGUCUUAAACGAUUUCAUACAAGAUUUUAUGAAACCAGUCUCAGAUUUUUUUAUUUAUUUUUUGCGAGCACUGGCAAUCAAAAAUUAAAACUUUGAGAGAGUUUCAAAAAAUCAAAAUAUGAAAUGAAAAGAUAAUUUAAGAUACUUUUUAUCACAAAAAACUUCCAUCUUUUGAAGUCGAAAUGUGGAGGACUUGAUCAAACGGAGAGAGCUAAUUUGAUGCACCAUUCACAAUUCAUGAUGUCACGUCAUUGUCUAUAUUAUGACAUCACCAGUGAUUUCUGACUGGCACAGCCAAAGACUCCAGGGUAUAUUAUACUUGUGACAUAUGUGAAAAUAUUUUAUGGUAAAUUUGCUGCAAUAUUACCGUGUUGUAGAGUUCCAGACCCAGACAAGGUAUUAGUAAAAACAUUGUCUUCCUUUGUCUUACCAAUGCAAUACUACUGGGUAUACUUCACAGAAAAUUUCUAUGUUUUGUAUGCAUUUCCUUUCAAAGAUUUGUUCACAAAUUAUACAUUAAGUGCAAUGUUUUUUGCGAUCAACUGAUGAAUUUUUAUCAUAAAGUUCUAAGUGUGGUUUAUUAAUGAUUUCACUGCACAAGAAAAUUGCUAAAGUUAAUAGAUACAGUAAAACAAAGGAUUUUUGUUUCUAUAAAGUUAAUGUAUACAGUAAAACCACUCUAUACAUCAGGUGCUGUGCUCUUCUUGUAUUUAUCCAAUAUGGGUAAACUCAUAAACUUUUACUUGAAUUAGGAUGGGCUUAUUACCAGACAGAUUCAUUGCCAAUAAAUACAGUGAUAUAUCAGGCAUAUAUUUAUCAAACCAUUGUGUUUUAAAGACAUAGUAACAUUAAGUGUAUAUUUCUAUGUGUUAAAUUUGAUUUUAUUUAAAAGCUUAACAUAUUCUUGUGCAGCGUUGAGAAGAUUUCCUCGUUUCCUUUUAUUAAUAUAGCUUUUCUAACAUCAUGUUCUCAACAUUAUGGAGGUAAUUGUGGAUGAUUUAACCUCAUCUUGCUAUACAUGUACUCUAGUAGCUCAGUAAGCUGUUUGUUAUAAAACCAAACCAUGGCUUGUCAGAUAAGUUAUUUCUGAAAUUAUAACUACAAAAUACUUGGAAAGAAUCAAUGUAUACAAAUGACAUAUUUGAAAUGUCUUUAGACAAAUUAAACAUGGCAAUCAAGUGCAAUAAGAUCCUAACUGUGACUUUGAGGUGGAUUCCACUAUGUUGUAACUUAUUAAAACAAGGCUGGAGUAUCACUUCAUAUUUACAUACAUUUACAUGCCUGCCAUUCUAACCAGGUAUUUUCUGUUACCCGUUUCAAAUUUGUCAUAUCACUUUCCAUCCUAUUUUGUCUUGAUAAUUCUGUCUCUGUUUUGAGGCUAAAGGUAAUUUCAUACCAGAACUGGUAAGGUGCUCACAACUCCCCACUUUUUCAUAAACAACAUCUAAAAGAUGUCUUUCUACAUUAAAUAUACAUGAUAUUUUGUGAAAGUCUAAAGCAUUUAAAGUUAUUUAUAAGAUAACAAAAUUCAAAUUAAGUGAAUGUAAAGAAAUUACAUAACAUGCGGAUUAAUCAAUAUUAAUUGAAAAUAAAAUUAAGAAACCACAUAUGUUUAUUGUUCAUUUCAACUGUCCAAUGUGAACGGGAAAGUAAAUAAGUAGAGUUAACUCCCUUUUAAAACUGUAGAGUAAUCCCCCAUUAAAAGGAGUUUAUAUUUCUUAUUGCCAAAUAUGCAAAUGAGCCUUGACCACAGACAAAGUUUUUACAGAAACAUAAGUUAAAUUUAAGAAUUUGCAGGGUAUGUGGAAGGGUGGGGCAUUUAUUCCUAUCAUAAACGACCCUGUCAACUUUAUUUUCAUUUGAUACAUUUCCAAUGGAAACUAAAAUAAAAACAGUUGUCUAUGGGAAUGGAACACACAACCUUUGGAUUAAAAGUCCAGGACCUUACCCACUAGGCUAUCCAGGCCUAUUGUACAUUAAACACAUUUCUUGUAUUUGAUUUUAAUGUAAAUGUCAAUCUUUCUGAUUAUUUAUUGUUGAGUGUUAAUGUUUUUGCAAAAAUCAGGUAAAAAGAAAUGAUUUCAAAUUCUGUAUGUAGUUUAUUAAACUUAGUAUUUCAUCCGUCCAUGCAAGAAAUAUAAUAUACAUAUCUGCAAUAAUUUUAUGUGAAACGUGAAGUUUUUAUUAUGAUAAUGAAAAUAAAAUAUUUAUAAUACUGUCAAAUUA